UGGAGCCCGCCGGCCGCGACGCCGCCCGGUCGCCUAGCAACGCCCCCACGCAGCGCCAUGCAAGCGGGCGGCAGCCGGGAGCUGGAGGCCAGGAGUUAUUUGGAGAAACAUCGGAUUAUGGAGCUGCUGAGCUACCUCACCAGCGCUCUGCUCUUCUUCCGGCCUGAAAAACCAAGAGAGUAUUUAAUAUCUAUAUUGGAACGACUGAGAAUUGCCAAAAUAACAGGCGUGGCCUUUCCUUUCUUUAUGGAUCACUCUAACAUUGUGGCUAUGUUUGAGAUGAUGGACACUUCAAGUAAAGGCACCAUAUCAUUUGUGCAGUACAAAGAAGCCCUGAAAACCCUGGGUCUGUUGAAUAAAGAUGAAGUUUUAAUAGAUGAUGGACAUAUAAUAACUUUGGAUAAAUUCAGAGCUGAAGUGAACAAGAGGACUGAGGAAAUAUGGUCAUCAUUUUAAUUACACUGUAAGUCCAAGAUUAAAUGAUUCUCCGUAAAGUUUUCAACUGUCCAGUUUCAU